GGCCGGGAUCCGGGGCGGCUCCUGGGGCUCGGGUUGUGGGAGGCGCCCUCUCCGAUCUCCCCCUCCCUUCCCCCCGCCCCGUCUUCCCCUGCACCCUCCUUCCUCCCUCCGCCCGAGAGCUUCCCCGGUCCCCGGCGCCGCCUCCUUCCCUCCCGGCACCGUGCUCUCGCGGCCGCUGUCGCCCCGGGGAAGGAGAGACGGGGGUGGGGUUUGCGGGUAGCGAUCGAGAAGGGGAGAGACCCCGACCGGGCUAGAGCCUGGAUUCCUGUGGAAGAAGCACAGGGGGAGGGGAAGCUGGAGGACCGGGAGGGAGAACGGGGAGCCGCGGCCGGGCCUGGGCCCUUGAGGCCCGGGGAGAGCCGCGGAGCGGGACCGGCCGCCGAGAUGCUGCUGCUGCUGCUGGUACCUCUCUUCCUCCGCCCCCUGGGCGCUGGCGGGGCGCAGACCCCCAACGCCACCUCGGAAGGUUGCCAGAUUAUACAUCCGCCCUGGGAAGGUGGCAUCAGGUACCGUGGCUUGACUCGCGACCAGGUGAAGGCCAUCAACUUCCUGCCUGUGGACUAUGAGAUUGAAUAUGUGUGCCGGGGAGAGCGCGAGGUGGUGGGGCCCAAGGUGCGCAAGUGCCUGGCCAACGGCUCCUGGACAGAUAUGGACACACCCAGUCGCUGUGUCCGAAUCUGCUCCAAGUCUUAUUUGACCCUGGAAAAUGGGAAGGUUUUCCUGACGGGUGGGGACCUCCCAGCUCUGGAUGGAGCCCGGGUGGAUUUCCGAUGUGACCCCGACUUCCAUCUGGUGGGCAGCUCCCGGAGCAUCUGUAGUCAGGGCCAGUGGAGCACCCCCAAGCCCCACUGCCAGGUGAAUCGAACGCCACACUCAGAACGGCGUGCAGUAUACAUCGGGGCGCUGUUUCCCAUGAGCGGGGGCUGGCCGGGGGGCCAGGCCUGCCAGCCCGCGGUGGAGAUGGCGCUGGAGGACGUUAACAGCCGCAGAGACAUCCUGCCGGACUACGAGCUCAAGCUUAUCCACCACGAUAGCAAGUGCGACCCAGGGCAAGCCACCAAGUACUUGUACGAACUACUCUACAAUGACCCCAUCAAGAUCAUCCUCAUGCCGGGCUGCAGCUCUGUCUCCACACUGGUAGCUGAGGCUGCCCGGAUGUGGAACCUUAUUGUGCUCUCAUAUGGCUCCAGCUCACCAGCCUUGUCAAACCGACAGCGGUUUCCAACGUUCUUUCGGACACAUCCAUCCGCCACACUCCACAAUCCCACCCGGGUGAAACUCUUUGAAAAGUGGGGCUGGAAGAAGAUUGCCACCAUCCAGCAGACCACCGAGGUCUUCACCUCAACACUGGAUGACCUGGAGGAGCGAGUGAAAGAGGCCGGGAUUGAGAUCACUUUCCGACAGAGUUUCUUCUCAGAUCCAGCUGUGCCUGUUAAAAACCUGAAGCGUCAAGAUGCUCGAAUCAUCGUGGGACUUUUCUAUGAGACUGAAGCCCGGAAAGUUUUUUGUGAGGUCUAUAAGGAACGGCUCUUUGGGAAGAAGUAUGUCUGGUUCCUCAUCGGGUGGUAUGCUGACAACUGGUUCAAAACCUAUGACCCAUCAAUCAAUUGUACAGUAGAAGAGAUGACUGAGGCGGUGGAGGGCCACAUCACCACGGAGAUUGUCAUGCUGAACCCUGCCAACACCCGAAGCAUUUCCAACAUGACGUCACAGGAAUUUGUGGAGAAACUAACCAAGAGGCUGAAAAGACACCCUGAGGAGACUGGAGGCUUCCAGGAGGCACCACUGGCCUAUGAUGCUAUCUGGGCCUUGGCUUUGGCCUUGAACAAGACCUCUGGAGGAGGUGGCCGUUCGGGUGUGCGCCUGGAGGACUUUAACUACAACAACCAGACCAUUACAGACCAAAUCUACCGGGCCAUGAACUCCUCCUCCUUUGAGGGUGUUUCUGGCCAUGUGGUCUUUGAUGCCAGCGGCUCCCGGAUGGCAUGGACGCUUAUCGAGCAGCUACAGGGUGGCAGCUACAAGAAGAUCGGCUACUACGACAGCACCAAGGAUGAUCUUUCCUGGUCCAAAACAGACAAGUGGAUCGGAGGGUCUCCCCCAGCUGACCAGACCUUGGUCAUCAAGACAUUCCGUUUCCUGUCACAGAAACUCUUUAUCUCCGUCUCAGUUCUCUCCAGCCUGGGCAUUGUUCUUGCUGUUGUCUGUCUGUCCUUUAACAUCUACAACUCCCACGUUCGUUAUAUCCAGAACUCCCAGCCCAACCUGAACAAUCUGACUGCUGUGGGCUGCUCACUGGCACUAGCUGCUGUCUUCCCCCUUGGGCUGGAUGGUUACCACAUAGGGAGAAGCCAGUUCCCAUUUGUCUGCCAGGCCCGCCUUUGGCUCUUGGGCUUAGGCUUUAGUUUGGGCUAUGGCUCUAUGUUCACCAAGAUCUGGUGGGUCCACACAGUCUUCACAAAGAAGGAGGAGAAGAAGGAAUGGAGGAAGACCCUAGAGCCUUGGAAACUGUAUGCCACUGUAGGCCUGCUGGUGGGCAUGGAUAUCCUGACUCUUGCCAUCUGGCAGAUUGUGGACCCCUUGCACCGAACCAUCGAGACUUUUGCCAAGGAAGAACCAAAGGAAGACAUUGAUGUCUCCAUUCUGCCCCAGCUGGAGCACUGCAGCUCCAAGAAGAUGAAUACAUGGCUCGGCAUUUUCUAUGGUUACAAGGGGCUGCUGCUGCUGCUGGGAAUCUUUCUUGCUUAUGAGACCAAAAGUGUGUCCACUGAAAAGAUCAAUGACCACAGGGCUGUGGGCAUGGCUAUCUACAAUGUUGCGGUCCUGUGUCUCAUCACCGCUCCCGUCACCAUGAUCCUUUCCAGCCAGCAGGAUGCAGCCUUCGCCUUUGCCUCUCUGGCUAUUGUGUUCUCUUCCUACAUUACUCUGGUUGUGCUCUUCGUGCCCAAGAUGCGCAGGUUGAUCACCCGAGGGGAAUGGCAGUCUGAAGCACAGGACACGAUGAAAACAGGAUCAUCCACCAACAACAACGAGGAAGAGAAGUCCCGACUGUUGGAGAAGGAAAACCGUGAAUUGGAAAAGAUCAUCGCCGAGAAAGAGGAGCGUGUCUCUGAACUGCGCCAUCAGCUCCAGUCUCGGCAGCAGCUCCGCUCCCGGCGCCACCCCCCAACACCCCCAGACCCCUCUGGGGGCCUUCCCAGGGGACCCUCAGAGCCCCCUGACCGGCUUAGCUGUGAUGGGAGUCGAGUACAUUUGCUUUACAAGUGAGGGGUUAUCGAGAAGGAUGAGACCUGCAGGGGAGGAAAAGGGUGUGGGGAGUGGGUGGGGAACUGGGAGGAGGGUGGAGAACACACUCCAAUCACCCUGUUAGAAAUACAUGUCAUUCUGUGCA